ACCAAAUUCCCAACAACUCUCUCUGUCUUUUCGUGCCUAAAUUUCAACUCUAAAGACUAAAACCCCUAUUCUACUCUUUCUUGCCCGAAAACCAUUGAGUUCUUCUUAUAUGUGAACACAACAAAACCAAAGCCCAAUUCCUCCUCCCACUUGUUGCAUCUCUGACCACCCCUUUCGCCCUAUGUUUAGCGCGUGUCAACUACUUUGUCACCUUCAAAACCAUACCCUAAAUUCCUAAUUCUUUAAUGUCAUACUUCCAAUUACGUGACAAAGAUUAUGGCAUGACACACGACACCAUCUUUUUCUUAAAUGCUAAAUUAAAACCACCCAAAUCCAAAUCAAAUAUUCUCGUAAAUCCAGAGAUUUUAUGAUCACCUCCAAGAAACUGAUGAUUAUCCAAGAAUUGUAAGAAUACGAUGAUCAAUGGAGAGCAUAACUUCACCGCCGAUGCAACAGGGUAGCUCUGGUUCCAUUCUCAGUCCCUUGCUCAUUUCCAUGCUCGGCAUUGUUCUGACAUCCUUAGCCAUAAUAGUCUACCACUUCUUCCUCAUUAAGUACUGCAUGAGUAGGCACCGCAACGCCACCACGCAGCCGGAACCCGCUCCGGCCGCCGCCCCUUCACCCACCGGAAUCGACGACAAACUCCUCCAAACAAUCCCGAUUUUCACCUUCUCCGCCGUGAGACGCAACAUGGAUCAAGAAGAAUGCGUCGUGUGCUUGGGGGAACUGGAGGACGACGACAUGGUCCGUUUGCUGCCUAAUUGCAAGCACGCAUUUCACUUACCUUGCAUCGACCGAUGGUUCGCGGCGCACGCGAGUUGUCCGCUGUGCAGAUCCCCGAUAGUAAUCGAGGAAAUAAAUGUACCAUGUCCAGAGUCACAUCAUAUGAGUGAUUCGGAUUGCGAGAUCGGCAGCGAGUCCAGCACGAGAAGUAGCAGCAGCGUGCCGUCGCCGAGGGAACAAUCGUUCGGUCUCCUACGGCAUUGUGCGUCGCUGGUGUGGCCGCCGCCUGUGGAUAGGAGAUCGCCGCCGCGUUUGAAGCGGUCGAUGUCGAUGGAUCAGUCGUUGGUGGUAAUUAAUCUACAAAGGGUUAACUGUUUCAGCGGUUCAUCGUCGUCUUCGUCUAGAGGCCGUGUGCUGAGGAGGAGUGGAUCGUGUAGCACGCGCUCAAUGAGCCAUUUUGAUCGGAUGCCUUCCAUGUGGCUCAGGUCGUUUUCGCGGCUGCGACUGGGGAAGGGGAACAACGGAACAAUUCUGCCUUACUGAAAAAUCGUGGUUUUCAGUCAAAUUCUUGCAAGGGAUGAGCUUGAUGAACUCAAUAAGCUUAUGCCAUGGAGUGUACAAUCAAGCGAACACGAAGUACUACCUUCUCAGCACUACUUUCCAUUCUUUUUUCUUUUUUCACAUUGACAUUGACAAAAAUUGGUUAAAAUCUUUUAUUUGUAUACUA